AUGGACAUCAUCCAGGCCGUCUCCGGCUACAUUACCAAGAUGGUGUCGGCUGGAGACAGCGCGGCGACAGGCACCUCCGCGGCCAAGAUGAAGAUCCUCCUACUCGACAACGAGACUGUGUCGAUCGUGUCGACGGCGACGACACAAUCCGCCCUCCUCAACCAUGAAGUCUACCUCACAGACCGCCUGGACAACCAGAAGCGCGAGAAGAUGCGCCAUCUGCGCUGUCUGUGCUUCGUGCGACCCUCGCCCGAGUCUAUCCAAAGCUUGAUUGAAGAGCUACGAGAGCCCAAGUAUGGUGAAUACAACAUAUACUUUAGCAACAUAAUCAAGAAAUCGGCUCUAGAGCGCCUCGCCGAAGCAGACGACCAUGAAGUCGUACGCGCAGUCCAAGAGUACUUUGCAGACUUCCUCGUCAUAAACCCCGACCUCAUGUCCCUCAACCUCGGCUUCCCAAACCACCGGAUAUGGAGCACAAGUCCCGACUCGUGGAACCAGGAUGCGCUACAACGCUCCACCGAGGCCGUCAUGGCGCUGCUGCUGUCGCUGAAAAAGAAGCCCUUAAUACGAUACCAGAAGAACAGCCUGCUGGUCAAGAAACUGGCAACCGAGGUCCGCUACCACAUGACACAGGAAGAGCAACUGUUCGACUUCCGCAAAACAGACACCCCGCCCAUUCUGCUGAUUGUAGAUCGAAGAGACGACCCCGUCACGCCGCUGUUGACACAAUGGACAUACCAGGCCAUGGUGCACGAGUUGCUGGGCAUCCAUAACGGAAGGGUGGAUUUACGCGAUGUGCCAGAGAUACGACCAGAACUCAAAGAGAUUGUGCUAUCACAAGAUCAGGAUCCCUUCUUCAAGAAGAACAUGUACCUCAACUUUGGUGAUCUAGGUCAGAAUGCAAAAGAAUAUGUCGAGCAGUUUGCGUCAAAGCAGCAGGGUUCACAGAAGCUUGACUCGAUAGCAGACAUGAAGCGCUUUAUCGAAGAUUUCCCAGAGUUCCGCAAGCUCUCUGGUAAUGUCACAAAGCACGUCACUCUCGUGGGCGAGUUGAGCAGACGAGUGGGCGAAGAGAGCCUACUUGACAUCAGCGAGCUUGAACAAAGUUUAGCAUGUACAGACAACCACUCCAACGACGUAAAGUCAUUGCAAAAGAUAAUCCAAGAUCCAAACGUCCCGGCAAACAACAAGCUUCGCCUCGUUGCCAUUUACGCACUACGCUACUCAAAGACAUCCUCAAACUCGACGGCCAUGCUGCUCGAUUUGCUCGCCGUUGCCGGCGGAUUAUCGCGGCACCGCAUCAAUCUAAUUACCAAGCUCCUGACGUACCAUGACUCGCUACAAACCACUACGGCAGCUGGUGGGGUACCAGACCUUUUUCAACCCGGCUCAUUCUUCGGCGGAGCCCGAGACCGACUCAAAGGCCUCAAAGGUGUCGAGAACGUCUACACGCAGCAUUCUCCCCGUCUAGAGGCCACGCUACAAGACAUGAUAAAAGGUCGCCUGAGCCAGCAGCUGUACCCAUUUGUAGAGGGUGGUGGAUCAACCAAAGACAAGCCACAGGACAUCAUUGUCUUCAUGGUUGGUGGAGCGACAUAUGAGGAGGCCAAGAUGGUAGCCCAGGUUAAUGCUAGUUCGCCUGGCAUCCGUGUUGUGCUUGGCGGCACAACGAUUCAUAACAGCACCUCGUUCUUAGAAGAGGUCGAGGACGCUGUAGAUUCAUGGCCGGAACCACCCGCUACAUCAGCCGCGGCGCGAUUGAAAAGAGAGGUAGGCAGGUAG